AUGAAAUCCCACUGCGCCGAGGCUGGAAUUGCACUGGGCCGAAUGCUGGCCAAUGUCACAUCUGAAAAUGGUGAGCGUGUUGGUGCAGCUGUCGCUAUACAAGACUUAACGGUCAAAUCCUGUCCACCGUCGACUAUUGUUUAUUCAAAUGGUUAUAACGCUGUGCUGGUUGGUUUAUUGUCAUGUAUAUUGGCAUUAGUAUUUUUAUCAAUUCUUCUUUAUUAUUUGGGUAAACGCCGUCUUGAAUAUUUAACUCGUGCAGCUGAAAAAGUUCUUGUCUUACCUACAACAACAACAAGUACAUCUCAAACAACCACGUCGGUUAUUAAUGAAAAUGGAAAAGAAAUUGAUCGUACAGUUAAAGUAACAUCAUAUCAAGACGGUAUACCAACCCGUAUUAGUAAUCAUGAAUCAAUUCCAUUUAAGGACAGUAAUUUUACUGGUAUUCAAAUGACAAAUGGGCAAUUAUUAGGUGGUGGAAUUCAUGCACAUGUAGGAGAAGAUUUAGAUAAUAAUAAAGCAAGUGAAUUACAUUUAUUGCAACAUGAACAUCACUAA